CCUGAAGUAGGACGCAGUUCACACCUCAAACAUUAAUUAAUUUCUGAGCAAUGAGAGCUAACAAAAUAAAUGUGUCUUGAUUUUCAGUAGAGCUUGAGGUCUGUUGUGUUCUGAAGCUUCCACGUACACAAUUAUGUUCUAUAAUAUAACACUGUGAAUGUAUUCUGCUAGGUGAAGGCGGAGCUUAAAUGAAUGUUCUGGUUACUCAGUGUUCAGUGGCAUCAUGUUUUUGUUCUGCUUUGUUUUUUUUCUUCCCCAAAGACUUUUAUUCUGUAGGGAAUUUUGUCUGGGAGCAAACCCAAAUGUUGGCAUUUCAAAUGGAUUUGGAAGUCAUGUAUUCGGACAGCUUCUGGGCCGGGAACAGUUUCAUGGCUUGGGAUCGAUGUACUGCAGAGGAGCAGCUGCCGUCAUCCUGACGUAUGACGUGAACAGCCUGCAGAGCCUGGCGGAGCUGGAGGACAGGUUCCUGGCACUGACAGACAGCGCCAGUGCUGACUGCAUCUUUGCUAUCGUUGGGAAUAAAGUGGACCUCAGCGAUGACUGUGCUUCGCCACCUGAUGAAAACAGACCUGAGAAGGCCGUUGCCGGCUGCAGCUCAAAGGUGCGGAAACAAGUCCGCGUGGAGGAUGCGAUUGCGCUCUACAAGAAGAUACUGAAAUACAAAAUGCUGGAUGAGAAGGAUGUUCCAGCAGCUGAGAAAAUGUGCUUUGAGACCAGUGCGAAAACAGGAUAUAAGGUGGACUACCUCUUUGAAACUGUGUUUGACAUGGUCGUACCAAUAAUCGUACGGCAGAAAGCUGAGGGGCCAUCGCAGACUGUAGACAUUACUGACUACAAACCGGCCAAAAGGACAAAAUCUGGGUGUUGUGCCUGAAAGUGAUGUGGCAAAAAAAGGGGGAGGGACUGCCCACUGUGGCAAACAGAGGAGCGUUUGCAGCACACCAGAGAGGAAAAAGCAAAGAAAAAAUAGACUGUAAUGGCUUACAACCCCUAAACAAAACAGAAAAAGCACCACGGAGUUUCCUGAGCAUUAAAUGUUUCUGAGAAACUCUGUUUAUGAGAAUGGGAGUGAAAUGAUGGAGGACGUACCAGUUUCCAAGGGCUUUGAAGGCAACUUCUGUUGGUACAUUUGAUAGUGACAAUCAUUUGAACAGUUUAGAAGAAGUCUUAUUUUUUAAUGACUCGCCACUUCAUGUUACGUGAAAACGAUCUAUUUGUAUAAUCUAUGCAGCUUUCAAAUGGUUAUCAUCUUUUCCCUUGUGAUUCUGACUUUGGAGGAUAGAAUGCACGGUACCUUUUUUAUUCUUAAAAAAAGAAAAGAAAAUCCAGGUAUAAUUUAUAUAUGUAGCUAAUAAAGAAAUUACUGUCAGGUCCAGCAUUGUAAGAUUCUGAAGCUGUGCUAUUAAAAUCACUGUGGAUAUGUACUGUUAA